AUGAUACUCCAAAGCAGAAGCAUAUACUAGUACCAACAGCAUUUAUAAUAGACUCUCUCAAAAUGUCUUAGUGGAGAAUUUAGUAAUGUAAACGCUCAAGAGGCUCUUAAGAAAAUCAUCUUAAGAAUGCAGCAUCCUCAAAAAAACAUAACUGCUCUUAAGUCCUACUACCUAGUUCACUUACUAAGGCCUUAUUUGGCUCCCUAUGUAACUGAUAAAACAAUUGAAUUAUCUUAAAAGAGUACAGCUGAUGCUGUGCUUUAAAGUGUAGCAUUUCUCUAUUGUAGUUACCUUAGAAGUUUCUCAAACAAUUAUGAAUAGAUCAAUAUACUUUAUAAAAUGCACAGAUCGCUUGAAGUUCUCAUUCUUAAGUUGGAUGUGCCCAUAAUUAAAUGCAUUGCAAUUAAAUUAAUCGUAGACGUGAUACUCCUAUACGAAUCUCUCAAUAAACAAGAUGAUUAAGUUAAAAGGAUUAGAGCAAUUAAAUAAGUUAAAAGAUUUUUAGAGAUUAAAAAAAUUAUCUAACUUCCUGAAGAAUUACUGUAAAAAAUAAAUACUCUCAAUUUUUAUGAAAUCGAAUAGAAAAUUACAUUUCAAAUGCAACCCAUUGUUAAUAACUAUGUUGAAAAUAAGCCUCUUGCUCCAUAAAAAGAAUUAUUAAAACUAGAUGUGCAAUGCCUUAAUCAAAGAAAACUCAGUACGUCUGCAAAUGACUGGGAAGAUCAUUCAGAUUCUAAAUAUCAAUAAAUACAAAUUCACAAAAGCCUCUAACCAAGUCCGAAUCGCAGAAAAAUGACCUCAUUAACUCCCAAUAGAGCAGUUUCAAUACGAGACAAUUUCUUUGUCCCAACACAAGGACCUCUUUCCUUUAUUAUGAUGUCAUGA